CUCCCGGUUCCGGCGCGGUAGAGGCCCCGGCUGGUGAGCGAGUCUCCGACACCAUGUCUGGUUUGUCUAGCCCACUAGCCUUGCGUGGCCCCGGCCCGUUGGCGUUGCUGCUUUUGUUCCUCCUCGGCCCCAGCACCGUCCUCGCCAUCUCCUUCCAUCUGCCCGUUAACUCUCGCAAGUGCCUCCGGGAGGAGAUCCACAAGGACCUUCUGGUGACGGGCGCGUACGAGAUCACAGACCAGUCUGGGGGCGCUGGCGGCCUGCGCACCCACCUCAAGAUCACAGAUUCUGCUGGCCAUAUUCUGUAUUCCAAGGAGGAUGCAACCAAAGGGAAAUUUGCCUUUACCACCGAAGAUUAUGACAUGUUCGAAGUGUGUUUUGAGAGCAAGGGAACAGGGCGGAUACCUGACCAACUCGUGAUCCUAGACAUGAAGCAUGGAGUGGAGGCGAAAAAUUACGAAGAGAUAGCAAAAGUUGAGAAGCUCAAACCAUUAGAGGUGGAGCUCCGACGCCUGGAAGACCUCUCAGAGUCUAUUGUUAAUGAUUUUGCCUACAUGAAGAAGCGAGAGGAGGAGAUGCGUGAUACCAAUGAGUCAACAAACACUCGGGUCCUUUACUUCAGCAUCUUUUCAAUGUUCUGCCUCAUUGGACUAGCUACCUGGCAGGUCUUCUACCUGCGUCGUUUCUUCAAGGCCAAGAAAUUGAUUGAAUAAUGAGACACCAUAUCCUCCCACCUUGUAUCUCAGCCAGCAGAACAUCGCUGGGACGUGCCAGGCCUCUGGCAUCCUACCAACAGCAUCAUCAAGGCAUGUUGGAGCUUUCUUGCCAGAACUGAUCUUUUGAUAUGGGAGGACACGGGGUACCACCUUCACCCAGCAAGUCAUUAAGGGACUUCUUUUUAACUUGGUAGGAUUUGGACUGGUUUCGCAACAAUAAGACUAUUUUAGAGUCACCUAAUGACAAAAAAAAAAAAAAAAAUAGGGGUCACCUAGAUAAUGCCAAAGUCAGCAUUUUUACUGGGUUUCCUCGUGUGAUCUGUUUGAACCAUGUUUUCUUUCCUUCUCCCACUUGCUCACCCGCUUGGGCUUCUGCUCUAAUUCCUCUACCAAGAUUUCUUUGACCAUGUCAGACUUCUUUCUGAUUAUCCUUUUUGGAUUUCCUUGUGAAAACACCCUUAACUUUCUUUGGCCCUUAGCUGAAAUAUUUACAUAGCUUCUGGAGACAUCCUUUCAUGAUGUUGUGUCUCUUUAAAGGUUGAUGGAUGUGACACCUCCUAAAAGUGAGCUUUGAACUACAGGCAACUCUUAAAGAAAAUUGCAUUCUAGACCAUUAAAAUAUUUGUGCUCAAAUGCUCAAGCUUUUUUCUGUGUUAUGUGUAUUUGGUUCUA